GGCGACGAGGGGGUGGGAAUAGACAGUUAAGUUCCGCCUCUGGUUGUCACUCUCCGCUGGGAGUGGGAUGGAGAUGAUGGCGCCUGCGCCUGGAGUCGUCGUGGGAAACGCGUCGGAAAUUCCCAAGCCAGCCUUAGCUAAGAGACACGAGAAGUCCGAUGGUUGUGCGGGGACCAUGAAAUUGACUCGUAAAGCGGUUCUGGCUCGAGCGAAAGCUACGAGCCUUGCAGGGGUCCGCAAGCUGAAUUGCUGGGGAAGCCACAUCUCAGAUAUAUCAAUCUGCCAUGAGCUUCCUAAUGUUGAGGUGGUCACAUUCAGUGCAAAUAACAUCUCCAGUCUGGAACCCUUUAACCAGUGCGAGAAGCUAACUGAGCUUUACCUCAGGAGAAACUGUAUUUCAAGCCUCCAUGAACUGUUCCAUUUGAAAAAACUGCCCCGCCUGAGAAUCCUCUGGAUGACUGAGAAUCCCUGCUGUGGAUCUGACCACCAUCGCUACAGAAUGACAGUUCUGCGUAAUCUUCCCAAUCUCCAAAAGCUAGACAAUAAAAUGGUGACAGAGGAAGAACUGACACAUGCAUUAGUAGAAGGAGAAGAGAUAACAACAUCCCCAGCUAAAACAGAUGGAGACAGCUGCUGCCAAUAUUCUAAUACUGAGUCCAGCACGACAGAAUGUACAACAGAAAAUGAACUCAUGAACUUCAGCCUUGAAGAGACAAAUAAAAUCCGUGAGCAGCUUGGUAUGAAGCCUGUUGUUCCAAAAGAUACAUUUUCACCCAAAGAAGUAGGUGGUAGCCAGACAAAAUGGAAUAAUAUCCUCAGUGCCAUCAUGUUACUUCUAGAAGAGCUAGAUUCAGAGGGUUUAGAAGUCAUCCAUCAAACAAUUGGAAACAAACUCCAAGUCUUGCAGAAAAAGGAACUCCAUGAGGACCGAUAGCACCUCCAAGGAACUGUUUCUGGAUCAGCAAAAAUUAUUUCACUAGUCCUACUAGCAUUCUUUGUGUGCUGUUGGACUUCCUACGAGAAUGGAUGGUUUUCUACAGAAAAAACAAGCACAUCUUGUGUUUCCUGUGCUUAGAACCAUGUUCUACAAUAAUUUUUCAUCUACAAUGUACAUGCCUGCAUUUUACAACUCUUAUUCUGCCUUCCAAAAUGGCUGGCGGCAGAGAUAGCAAACAAGCACGUAUAGAUUACGUCUAUUUGUAGACAAAUAUUUAACAUUUGGAAGAGGAUGUACUUCAUCUCCUGCUAGUGCCUUCCUGCUGGAAGAAUCAUGCCUAGACUUGUUUACUCAUACCUUUGUCAGACCACAUCUGUGAUGCAUCUGACUUGGUUAGCAUCGUGGCCUUCCCUAAUAUCCCAAUAUUGGAGCAAGUCUAAGCUUCAUAUCUUCAUGUCUCUUCCUUUUCCUUCUCCAUUAAAUAGUGUUUGACAAUCCUGCCUCAAACCCAGAAUUUCAUAAAAAGUUAAAAUUCAUAAAAAGAAAAUCAUUGAAUGUUUAAAUUAAAAGCUUGAAGUCAAGUGUUUGCUGUCCUCAUUCCUCCUCUGCUAAGUAACUUGAAAUUUAUGUUUGUGGGGGCGGGAAUUAUCACUUGCAAUACCAAUUACACUUACAUCUUACAAAACUUAAGAUUUCUUUCAGUCCAUUAAUUCUUCCAAAGCCGCCUAAAAAAUAAAGGCUUCAUGGAGGGGAGGAUACAACAUCAAUGUGAUUAUAUAAGGAAGCAGCAAAAUCCAGUACAGUAUUAUUUGAGAUAGUGGGUGCUCUAGCCUGUCAAGUUACGUCUAGUGCAGGAGCACCACUAUGCCAUGAAAUAGGUAAAAUUUUCCUUCCAUAAUAUGAACAUUGUUUGAUUAAUGACUGUGGCUAAAAAUUAUAUACUUUUUUGCUGAUUAUUUAUAGAACUCUGAUCCAGAUCAGUGUUUAUCUCAAGAUGGAUGGGACUAUCUGGCCCUUACUAAUUUGGUUUGCAGCAGGUUCCAUUUGUAACUUGGGAUUUCCUGCUUCUGUUAAAAUUACCACAUGCAUGAAAAUAAAUUUUACUUUACAGUCUAAAAAUAUUUAUUUCUAUGAUCUAGUUUGGUGGGAAAAUGUAUUUUUUAUCCAGCUUCACCUAUUUGAUUAAAAAUGCUGACGAAAUUAUGUGUAAGCUAAGUGAUUCAGUGAUGUAUAGGAAAUUCAGUGUUGUAGAACACUUAAAAGUUCAAGUUUUUCAGAUUCUGAUGUUUAGUCCUUGAUACUUAAUUGGGCAUCCAGUAUUUUAAGUAUGCAAAAAAAUGGCUAAGUCCUUUGGUUUUGCCGUGACUCUAAACAUUAUGUGUGCUUUCUAACAGAUGCUUUAAAGCCAGUGCUUCUUUCCUGUGAUCAGGACUUCAAGAUAAACACUUGCACAAUGUAAAUGCUUAUCUCUGACCUUACAGUUAUGUUCUGGAAGCAUUAUCUUUAUUCAAACCUACAUAGGAAUCAAGAGUUUUGCUCAAACUGUGGUAAAUAUGGCUUAUCAAAAGAAUAGUAGUAAUUCAGAGGAUGUGGAGAAGAUAGCAUUUGUAAAAGUUUUAAAUAAAAAGACAUCUGUUAUAUUUGAAUAUUCUUUUAUAGAUAGCAAGGAAUUUUUUAGUGCAAAAAAACUGGGCAGAUACUAACCAACUACUGUAUUUUCCGGUGUAUAAGAUGACUUUCUAAACCAUAAAAAUCUUCUCAAAAGUUGGGGGUCAUCCUAUAUGCCCAGUCAUCUUAUACACCGGAAAAUACGGUACAUGUUUUUCAGAAAAGUUGAAUUGCUUUGAGAACUGGACUAUAAGACAAAUCCAGCAUAUAAUCUUGGAAAAAUUGGUUAUAUUGCAUUAUCUGCUAUAGAAUAUGCUGCUGUCAAGGAAGUGUGAACAUCAAAGAUGUCAUCUAACUAUAUUUAGUGAAACUUAAAUAUAUUCACAAAGGUAUUAUAUUCCAGUGAAAAAAGCUUAAUGAAGUCAAACACAAAAAGACUGAAAAAA